AUGGGCUCACAACAGCGUCAACAUCCCGUUCCAGUGCCAAGUAUGGAGUUCGAGGUCUUGCAGGAACUUAAACGGCACAUGAUGACCCACUCUGGUGCACUCGGAUACACCUGCAACAUGUGUGGCCAGGGCUUCCCCGAUCGGCCGUCCCUCAAGACGCACACACUUUCUCAUGGGUUAUCAACAGAAAGGUCUAACAAAUGUGAAUCAUGUGCAAUGGAGUUCCCUUCAAAAUCGGAGUUGACGCGUCACAUUGUCAAGUACCAAGGGACAUGCAACCCGAAUAAGAACGAGAGCGUGCGAUGUGCCACAUGUGGGGAGGACCUGCCAACCUUAGAAGCUCUGAAGGACCACAGGCGCACAGCUCAUCCUACGCCUGAGGUUGCUCCUGGUUCAGGCAAGAAGGGCUUUGAGUGUGACUACUGUGGCAAGACCUUCAACUGCCGGUCCAACUUGCGGGACCACCUGGUGGUCCAUACCGGUGAGAAGCCAUACCCCUGUGAUAUUUGCGGCAAGACCUUUAGCUUCAUUCACAAUAUGAAGACCCACCGACUCACACACAAUGAGGGACGGAAUGAGGUCUGCCCUUAUUGCGAUAAAGCCUACAAGAGCAAGAUCUCACUCUACUAUCACAUGAAGAAGGGCAACUGCCGUGGACUCUCGACCAAAGAGGUACCAGAGGGCUACCACCGCUGCACUGAGUGCCUCCAGAUGUUCGCAAGUGAGGAGAGAUACCGAGCCCACAAGGACAAGGGCCAUUGCCAAGUGUCACACCGGUGCCAGCACUGCGGCCUUAGGUGCUCCACUGAGCUGCGUCUCCAGAACCACCUGCAGAAGGGCCUCUGUCAGAAGAAGGAUACACCCUCUUCCAGCCCUAAUGAAGGGAGUUCCAAGAAGCGUCGUUCAGAGAAGCGUGAGCGUGAGAGGAACCAAGAGGAAAUUGUAUGUGACAGAUGCAACUAUACCAAAGAUUGUUGCUGUACAUUUUCCUGCAAGCACUGUGCUAAGCGCAUCUUCUCCAUUAUGGCAUAUACCCUACACUCGGAAAGAACAUGCCCCGUCCUUAAGCAAAGGCGUGAGCGUAUUCGUAUGGCUAUCAUGGAGAAGAGACGCCGCAGGGAAGAGUAUAUAAAUGAGGCUACCAGUGAUCUACCUGACACCCCAUUCUCUUUCACAAGCGCAUAUCAGCUUCAUGCAGGACUCAUGGGUGGCAGCACAAGUAGUAGUGAAUCUAGUAGCAGAAGGAUGUCUUCAGAUUUGGCCAAGUCAAAGGAUGAAAGUAAAGAGAAGAGUGUGGAGAACGAUUCUAAACCGGUGGAGGAGGAUGGUGAUGAUAGUAAUUCUGGCAGUCUGACAGAUUUGUCGACUUUUACUACCCCUAAUAUACUUCAGCCAGUCACAAAUGCUUCGGUCGAGUGACAGAUGUCCAGGCGUCGUAUAAGCUUAAGGUAUAACCGGUUUUGCUCAGCCUAACUAGGAACAAUUUUUAUGCCAAAGCAAGAUGCGACUGUCACUACAAUGCCCUAAGACUGAGGCAAGGAACACUGCACUCUGCCUUGGUUAUGACUGAGAGUAAAUGCCAAGGAAGUACUCUUGGGUGAGUGCUUCCAAAACAGCAGCUUUCAAGAGUACCAUCCUAGAAUAUGCUGUACCAACUAAUUCAAGCUAGAAGACAUAGAUAACUGCAUUCAGUCAUGACUGAGAAGGUCUCAUAGUCACAAACAGCCAGCUGCAGUUGCUGUUUUCAUACCCACAGUAUACAUAACUGAUCACUUUGUCCACUUUAGAAUACAACUAGUCAGUGUUACCCAUCCAAGGCAUAGCGAGUCAUUCUCACCUGGAAUGCAAUUGGUUGUUGCUCCUUCUGAAACCACAGGUGUCCACUGUGUGCAUUCCAGACAAAGGCAGUAACUGCAGACGCAACUCACUAUUAGAAGUGCUGAAAUUAGUCCAGUAAUCUCAGACAGCAAAGAUUAUGAAAGAUUGAAACCUUUUGAAAAAAUCAUGUUCAAGACAAAUAACUUCUGUGAUUCAAUUUAGGACUUUUAAGGAGUACUGAUCAAUAGGCAUUAAACAUGUAUGGUGGAUAUAUCAUGGAAAAAAACAAAUGUGAUGUAGGCUAUAUAGAGAAAGAAAGAGUUUGAAAAGAGCUCAAAAAUAUUUUAAUUGUACCUGAUUGUUCACUUUGUGCCAAAGGGAGCGUUGCAUCAGGAAUACGGAAAAAAAAAUUGGCAGUGAUUUACUUUUCUCUCCUAACAGGUAUUGAAGAACAAAGAAGAAAGGUAACAGGAUUCCAUCUGAGUGUUCAAUUAUGUCUGUGCAUUGGUUGAUAUGGGAUUUCUAUGAUUGUGAAGUGUUUGUGAAAUCUCCUGUUUCACACUUUGCAAGACAUUAUUAAGGUAUAUUACCUUUAUGAGGAAAAUUUUGAGACAGAUUUUUUUAGAAAUUAAAGUGGACAGCCAUUUAGGCUACAAAGAGCCGAUGGAAAAGAUGAUAAUAGUAGAGUGAAUUACGAGACUUGGGAAUUGUCCUCGCUAAAGGAGAGGCAAAAGUUUUAGUUCCCAAAAGUUGGACACAAGAAUAGCCUUGCAUGAUAUUCACAUUAAUUUGUUAUUUUGUACUGAUAAUGUAUAAUUAAAAAAGAAUAUCGUUGUUAUCCAGUAUCUAACUGUCACAAUGAAGAAUAUGUGAAAUCUAACUGACAGUUGCAGUGGUUUAUUUUCGCUUAUAUUUUUUGUACUAAAAAGAAAUCCACGCUGUGAGUCGUCUUCAGCCUAGUCAGUUCCUAUUGGAUUUGAUGAGACCUACUUGCGAAUCACGAAUGUCUUACUUCAUUGUUAGUACU